AUGGGAGAUGAUGACGUCAGAUGGGAGAUGGUGACGUCAAAUGUGAAUGGUGACGUCAGAUGGGAGAUGCCAUUGCUUCUCAAGUGCCUCAAGAACAGCCGAGAAAAGCAUAACAUUCAGAUCACACACGGGCAUAUCAACACAGUAGCCCGUGAGCUUUGCUCCGAAGGGAAUAGAGGGGUUGGGGGAGCGGAGGAGGAGGAGGAGGAGGAGGAGGAGGAGGAGGAGGAGGAGGAGGAGGAGGAGGAGGAGGAGGAUGAGGAGGAGGAGGAGGAGGAGGAGGAGGAGGAGGAGGAGGAGGAGGAGGAAGAGGAGGAGGAGGAGGAGGAGGAGGGUGGUUGGUACUCACGGCUCUGGCGGUGA